ACCCCCCCCUCCCCACCCCUCCGGCUCCCCCCCGGUCUCCGUCCCCGGCGUGGCUCUCAUGUCGCGGGCCGGGGGUGAUGGCACCGCUGCGCUGGAGCGUGCCGGGGCGGAGACGGUGAAGCGGGCGGUGGAGCUGGACCUGGCGUCUCGUUUCCAGGAGUCGCUGGUGUGCUACCAGGAGGGCAUCGACCUCCUGCUGCAGGCGGUGAAAGCCACCAAAGAUGAGUCCAAAAAGCAGCGUUUCCGGCAGAAAAUAUCCGAAUACAUGACCAGAGCUGAAGACAUUAAAAAACACAUUGAAAAAGAAAAACGAGAUGGCAAAUAUCAUAAACAGAUCAGGAUAGAGGCAAAUGCAACGGGUUUCAGCUAUGAAAAGCUUUUCCAAGAGUACCUGACUGAAAUUGUUUCUGAAGUUUGGGUGGAGGACCCAUAUAUUAGAUCUGUUCAUCAGUUGUAUAACUUCCUACGAUUCUGCGAGAUGCUAGUUAAGGGGCCAUGCAAAGUGAAAACAAUCCACCUCCUCACUUCCUAUGAUGAAGGUCAUGGGAGGAGUCAGCAGAUAAGUGGCUUGGAAGAAAUACAACAAUCAUUGAUCAAUUACGGAAUAACACUGAAUAUUGCAUUUUCAUCUUCAUUACAUGAUCGAGAAAUUAGAUUCAACAAUGGAUGGAUGAUUAAGAUUGGAAGGGGUCUUGAUUAUUUUAAGAAACCUCAGGGUCGUUACAGCAUUGGAUACUGUGACUUGGACUUGCGACCUUGUCAUGAGACAACAGUGGAUAUCUUCCAUACUAAGCAUACAAAGAAAACAUGAUCAGAUAUGACUGCUUUUAAUGAGUGUUUUUAUAAGCAAAAAAAUGUAAGACUGGAAGAUGCUGCUUGAGACCAACUGCCCACCCUCAGAAGCAACUCUUUGAAGUACUUACUCCAGCACAGCUUUCAUAAUCUAUAGGUUUACUCCACUGUACUUCUCCCAUAAUCUGAAUUAAUUUGAUCUUGAUUUCAUAACACAUCCUCAGUACUGUCUCUCAAAGGCCUCUUGACUGUCAUAGCUACUUUUGCAAUUAAUUUUGUCUUGAGCAAAUUUUUUUCUUUAUAUUUUUAAUUGACUACCUCACAGACAUUUGAAGCUGGUCUGCUACAUGUCCUCUUUUAUAAGCAGACUUACAUAUUUCCUAUAAUUCCUGAAUUCCAGUCAUGACUACUGUUCUGCUGAGUUUUGCUCAAUCUGUAAUACUUGAUUUCAGAGACUUUACUAGUAACUCCAAAUCUGACAAAUUCUAUUUGCCGAGCUCCUUGCAUAAAAAUACUGUAUUGUUCAGUAGACAGAUGCUUAGGGGUUGUCUGAUGUCUCUCUGUAUGAUGGAUUUUGGGCUGGAAAGGAUGCAAACAUCUGUGUUCUUUUCACUGUCACUGUCACUGCUGUAGGUUUUUAUGCUCUGUGAUGUAUGGUCACAUUCCUGAUUUCCAUCCUUUGCCAUUAGGUGUGGAAAGGCUGUAUGAUCUUUUCCCAAUCUUUUUCCCUGACUUGCAAGUUUAAUGUCCUUCUAGCUAGUCAGUCCAGUCUGAACUGCAGUAAGCUAAUUCCUUGCUACUAAGAUAGCACUCUGACAAAAUAAUUUAUUUUUAAAUUAUUCCAGAAGUUGUAUACCUUGAAGCUUUCUUAUUAAUAAUGAUUCUAAGGAACAUGCUAAUUGGAAAAAAAAAAAAGUCUGUUCCUGUCUUUCUAUAUCCUUUGGGAACCAGAAGGCAUCACCUGAGUUGCUGCUGCUUUUUCUUAUACAAGAGUCCUUGAUCAUUGUCAGCAAGAGUCUGGUAAAGUUGUAUAUUUUGAUGUGAAGAACAGGCAGUGGCCUCUUUUGCAAAUCCCAUCAAAAUACUUCCAGCCUCUGGAGUGACAGGUGCCUAACACUUUCUGCAUCCUGGAAUGCAAUAUGCCAUAUUCUAGUAGCAUGCUCACUGCUAGAACUUUUUCUCUCCUCUUUCUUUUUCCUGAUGCCUAGUGUAUCCUAUUAUCUUUUUUUUUUUCUUAAUUGCUUUAUUCUUCUUUUGCCUUCUGUCAUCUAAUGCUGCUAUUCUUUUGCCUCUAAGGCAACAAAACUAUUCCACAGCUAUCAAGAAGAAACAGAGCUGGUCUUUGCCUUCUUCUAUGGGUCACAAUGCCAGCGCCUUCUUUAUCUUUCUGCAUAAUGAUGUCUCAGCUUCCAAUGUUUCCAAAGCUUUCAGUUUUUUCCAGUAACACAUGUGCCAUAGAAGAUGUAUGCUCAUUCCUCCCCCCAGACAUUCCAUAAAAGCUCCCUGGCUUGCUGCUGUGAUACUAAGUUUCUAAUCACUGUUGUCAAUUUUAUUCAGUUGUGUAUAAUAUAUGCCUAUUUUUAAUGGGAAUAAAGGUUGUUUUUUAUUAUUUGUA